AUGCGCGCUGCAAUUGGUGCUAACAAGCGCACCUUUGCGACCGCCAACUCGCAAAGCUUCGCAUCGCGUGUCCAGCCUUCGCCUCGUGCCAGCCUGGCCCAGCACAACUUGCGCCAGUCUUUCAGACGCUCCUACGCUGAUGCCGUCAAGCCCAAGAAGAGCGGCUUCCGCUACUUCCGCUGGGCAUGGAGGGCCACCUACCUGUCCGCCAUUGCUGGUCUCGCCUACACUGCCUACGGCAUCUACGAAAUGAAGAACCCUGGUGACCAGGCCGAGCCCGACCCGACCAAGAAGACCCUCGUUAUUCUCGGUACUGGUUGGGGUGCCGUCUCCCUUCUCAAGAAGCUCGACACCGAAAACUACAACGUCGUCGUCGUCUCGCCUCGCAACUACUUCCUGUUCACUCCUCUCUUGCCCUCUUGCACAACCGGUACCAUCGAGCACCGCUCCAUCAUGGAGCCUGUUCGCAACUUCCUCCGCCACAAGAAAGCCUCCGUCAAGUUCUACGAAGCCGAAGCCACAAAGAUUGACUACGAAAAGAAGGUCGUUUACGUCAACGACGACUCCGAGGUCAAGGGUGCUACUUCUUCGACUGAAAUCCAUUUCGAUAUGCUCGUCGUCGGUGUCGGCGCUGAGAACGCUACUUUCGGUAUUCCUGGUGUCCGCGAGCACUCUUGCUUCCUGAAGGAGGUUGCUGAUGCUCAACGUAUCCGUAAGCGUAUCAUGGACUGCUGUGAAACCGCCACUUUCAAGGAUCAGAGCCCCGAGGAGCGCAAGCGUCUUUUGCACAUGGUUGUCGUCGGUGGUGGCCCUACUGGUGUCGAGUUCGCUGGUGAACUCCAGGAUUUCUUCGAGAACGACCUCAAGACCUGGAUGCCCGAAAUCGCCGAUGAGUUCCGUGUCACUCUUGUCGAGGCCCUUCCCAGCGUUCUUCCUAUGUUCUCCAAGCAGUUGAUUGACUACACCGAGCAAACCUUCAAGGAGGAGACUAUUGAUAUCCGCACAAAAACCAUGGUGAAGAACGUGACCAAGGAGUACAUUGAGGCCGAGUAUGUUGGUGCAGACGGCAAGAAGGUCCUGGAGAAGAUUCCCUACGGUUUGCUUGUCUGGGCCACCGGUAACGCUGUCCGUCCCGUUGUCAAGGAUUUGAUGUCGCAGAUCCCCGCCCAGGCCGAUGCCCGCCGUGGUUUGAACGUUAACGAGUACCUGGUUGUCAAGGGCGCCGAGAACAUCUGGGCCGUUGGUGACUGUGCUGUUGCCAACUACGCCCCGACUGCUCAGGUUGCCGCCCAGGAGGGUGCUUUCCUCGCCCGCCUCUUCAACCAGAUGGCCAAGACCGAGGAGAUUGAGACCGAGCUGAAGAACCUGUCCAACGCUCAGGAGACCGCCACCAAUAAGGACGCCCGUGACCAGAUUUUCGGCAACAUCAAGGACCUCCAGAAGCGUCUGCGUCGCGUCAACUCGAUGGGUCCUUUCGAGUACUCUCACCAGGGUUCGCUCGCAUACAUUGGUAGCGAGAAGGCCGUUGCCGAUAUCUCGUGGUUGACUGGUAACAUUGCCACCGGUGGUACUGUCACCUACUUCUUCUGGCGCAGCGCCUACCUCAGCAUGUGCUUCAGCACUCGCAACCGUGUCCUUGUCCUGAUGGACUGGAUCAAGGCAAAGACCUUUGGCCGUGACGUGUCCCGCGAAUAA